AUGCUCGGUCCACCCCCAGACCACGAGGUGCUGAGUGAGGAGGAGGCGGAGGAGCAGCUGAAGCAGCCUCUGCGAUCGCAGCUGCAGACUCUGAAGAAGACCAGACAGACCUGUGAAGACCUGCACAACAAAUAUGACCAGAUCCAGAACCAGUCUGAGAAACAGGCUCUGCACUGUGAGAGACAGAUCUCUGCUGUGUUCCACAGGCUGCGGCGCCACCUGCAGGAGGAGCAGGACACUGCACUGAGAGCUCUGAGGCAGGAGCAGGACAGACAGAAGCACCUCCUCAUGUCCCAGAGGACAACACUCAGAGACAAACUGUCCUCUGUGGACCUCAGCAUCCAACAGCUGGAGGAACAUCUGCAGACACCAGCACGGGACUUUCUCCUGACGCCUCCUGUCCCCACAGGGCUGAGGCAGGACCAGGACCAGGACCAGGACCAGGACCAGGACCAGACUCCUCUCCCCACAGGACUGAUGCUGGACCAGGCCAAAGUCCUGGGGAACCUGGGCUUCAGGGUCUGGAGGAGCCUGAGGAGAGCAGUGAGACACAGUCCAGUGGUCCUGGAUCCAAACACAGCUAACAGACGCCUGUAUCUGUCUGAGGACCUCAGUGCAGUGACUAGAGGAGACACUCUUCAGGACCUGCUCCCUGACCUCCCAGAGAGGUUCAGUAAGUACACCGAUGUCCUGGGCUCUGAGGGCUUCAUCUCUGGGACACACCAGUGGGACGUGGAGGUGGGAGAUCAUCCAGGCUGGACCAUCGGAGUCGCACAAGAGUCGACCGACAGGAAAGGAAAGGCAUCUGCUACACCUGAAUAUGGAAUCUGGUGUUUCUCUCACGUAGAUGGUGAAUACACAGACGGCUGUGGUAAAGCUGUGACUGUGGAGAAGAGACCAGAGAAGAUCCGGGUCAAACUGGACCAUGCCAAAGGAACCGUGUCCUUCUAUGACGCUGGUCACAUGACCCACCUGCUCACACACACACACACAUGGACUGAGAGGAUGUUUCCUUAUUUUGGCAUCGGACCCAGUAAAGACGCUAAAACCAAAGAAAUACACAUCUGUGAGACUCCAGGUGAGGACUGA